CUAGAAACAGCCCUCAGGGUCAUUGGAUAAAGGAAGUGGCUUCCAACAGCUCCUGACCCGGAAUCGGAUCGUGGCCCCGCCCCCUCCGCGCCAGGCUUCCUUCUGCAACAGGCGUGGGUCACGCUCUUGCUCGCUCUCUUUCUGCCGCCAUCUUGGUCUCGCGUUCUCCGCACAAAAUCCAGAGGAGGUUAAGGGGUCACAGCCUCAGAACCCUAAACACCGUUCUUAUUGUGAGAAGAGGAGUGUUGGGACCCGAGGCGUCCUCUUUCGUCUCCCGUCUCUCAGAAGACCUGGGGGACCCGAGCCCAGAAAUGCCCGGUGAAGCCACAGAAACCGUCCCUGCUACAGAGCAGGAGUUGCCACAGCCCCAAGCUGAGACAGCUGUGCUUCCUAUGCCUUCACCCUUGAAUGUCACUGCUGCCUUAGGGCAGUCUAGACCUACCCUUACCCCUCCUUGCUCCCUGGCCCCCCAACAGUGCCCUCUAGCAGUUGCUAACCAGCCUUCCCCUUUUCCUUCUCCCUCUAGUAUUGCUUCAACCCUUUUUGAAGCUCCUUUUCCCCAGCCAUCCUCUGGAACUGCCAUGCCUUUGGAAACUCUCCCUAACACCCCAACUUUCCUACCGCACCUAAUAGGGCCUCCCAUCUCCCCAGCUGCCUUAGCUCUGGCCUCUCCCAUGAUAGGGCCAACUCUGAAAGGUGCCCAUUCCUCUUCAGCUCCCUUGGCCCUUGUUGCAUUGGCUCCCCACUCAGUUCAGAAGAGUUCUGCUUUUCCACCUAACCCUGUUGCCCCACCUCCAUCAGUUGCUAUGGCUGAGUCAGGGUCAGUGACAUCUCUACCAGCUCCCAUUACUCCCUCAGAACCAAAACCCUCUCCUAUUCAGGUUCCCUCUCAGGUACUCCCUAAUCCAAAAGCUACUACUCCAAGUUCAGCUCCUCCAGGUAUAAUCAGUGCUGUUCCUUCCCAUGUUGGAAAUCCCUUGGCCUCUGUUCAAUCUGGAGUAACCUCCUGUGCUCUGACACCAUGCAUUACUCCCCCAGCCAUUACUUCUCAGAGUAAAAGUAUCCCCAUUUCCUCAGCUCUGAUCCCACAAAACCCAUUAAGCUUCAGCCUGAAGGGGCCUGUUAGUUCACCUUCUACCUUAUCUUUUUCAACCCAGUCUACUCCUGCAGUGACCUCUUCUCAAACUGUGGCUCCUAGCAUCCCACCAGUUUUCCCUAGUUCUCUGGGCUCUCAUCUUACACCUUUACAUCAGGGUUCUUCUAUCCAACCUUUAGGUCAAGCAGUUCCUAGUACACUGUUAAAUCCUGCAGUGAAUACCAUUUCUGUAGAUCAUUCUUCCUUGGGGACCUCUUAUCCAUCUCAGAGAUCUGUGAUUUCUCCCCUUCCUUUGGGAAAUGAGCUGGUUACUGGUACUGUGGCUGCUCUUCCAAUAAGGUCUCCAGCUUCUUCUCUGACUCUGUCUGUUGACAAAGGCCCCUCUACAGUGACUGGCAUAACCUCCUACCCUUCUGGCUCCCCAAUUGUAACUACCGCUACUUCAUUAUCUCCUACAGCCUUGCUCGGUCUUAAAGAGUCUCCUAAUGCCACUCAUCAGCCUCUGGGGACUCAAAUUCUUGCUUCUCCAGGAACAGACUUUAAAGAAACUUCUGUCUCUUCUGUUGGAACCACCCCACUUCUGAUGACUAACCCCUCUAUGAUUUCUGCAGCACCUACUACCUUUGAGGUACCUACUUCUGUGCCUCCUCCAGUUUCAUCAGAUCCCAUAAGUAGUAAAGAACCAGCUUCCCUUGCUGCUUUGGUUAUGUCACCUGUGGCUCAGAAAGAGCUUCUUACUUCUCAGAUAGCAACUACUGUGAGCAUACCAGUCUGUCCUUUGCCAGCUCCUAUAUCUCCCACCCAGACAGGACUCCCUACCAAGGAAGGCCCCACUUCAUUACCUUUGGCCUUCUCAUCUCCCCAGAAUUCCUCCCAAAGUACAUCAUCUUUGGAGAUAAUUUCUCCUGAAACCACUAUAGCAAAGAAAAGCUGUGUAGAGCCUCUCCCUGUAGCUAAGGCAGCCAGUGCUAUUGCCUCUUCUCUGGAUGUUAACUCCUCGACCUCUGUAGUCAAGACAGAUCCUUAUACAAGCCCAGACCCUGAUAUUCUGCUUCUCAAAAGUUCUAUCACUGCUCCAGCAGUGGCUACGUUUCCUUUGGGAAGUGCUGGCCAUAUGGGGGUGGCUUCUACAACUGCCAAAGAUACUUGUACUCUAACUACUUUACCUUUGGUUUCUCCAGCCUCUGAAAGUUGCCCUGUGGCUCCAGCUAUGACUUUAUCCCCUCAGAAUGUUUCUGUUUCUACAGUAGCAUUGACGCUGACUCCUGAAAUUCCUAAGUCUGUGCCCUCUCCCCCCCUUCCCCCAGCUGGGAUUGCUCUGUCCAGGGCAGAGAUAGUUGAUGGUAUUUCUCAGACCUCAUCAUUGGCACCUUUAGUUUCCUCUCCUGUGUGCCCAAAUGAGGACCCCAGUGAUUCUACAUCUUCCAAAGGAAGCAUGACUUCUAUAACUGACUCCGCAUCUCCUUUAGGGACUGGUAUGUCUCCUCAGACUAAAAGAACUCUAAUCAAGAAGGAUUCUCCUAUCCCUGAUGUUCCUGCUGGAAAUCUCUCAUCUUCUGUUUCUCCAGUUGAAGCUUCCUUCCUUCCAGAGGCCAAUAUAUCUAUUCAAGGCCCUAAAGGUUCACUAACCAAGAAGCAUUCUCCCACUCCCAAAGGGGCCUCUACUCCUACAACUGUGCCUCUUCCCUCCCCCAAAAAGGCCCCAGCAGACCCAUCCCCCAAAAGGACUCCUACUCCCCCAGCAGAGACUUCUCCCUCUCCCAAAAAGCCACAAGCAACUCUGGCCCCGAAAGGAGUUCCCAAUCUGCCAGUUGUCACUCCUUCCUCAGUCCAAAAGACCCCAGCAAGCCCAUCUCCCAAAGGGACCCCCACUGCCCCAACUGUGGCUCCUACCUCCUCCAAAAAGGCCCCAGCAGCUACAAACACCAAGGGAACCCCCAACCCCCCAGCUGAGAUUCCUCCUUCCCCAAAAAAGUCUCCAACAGCUACAGCCCCCAAAGAAGCCACCACAGCAAGCCCAUCCCUCAAAGAAACUUCCAGUACCUCAGCUGAGAUUCCUACCUCCCCCCAAAAGGACCCAGUAACCAUAGCCCCUAGUGGGGUCCCCACUGUCCCAGCUAAGACUCCUCCCUCCUCCCCAAAAAAGGUAGCAACAACUGUCCCAGCUGUUACUCUUUCCCCAAAAAGUACACCAGCUCCAUCUUCCAAAGGGUCCCCUGCCCUGCUAGCUGAUGCUCCCUCUCCCAUUGAGGCCCCCACUGCCCCAGCUGUGGCUCCUCACCACAAAAAAAAGACCCUAUCCCCCAAAGGAGUCUCCACUCCCCCACCUGUAACUCCUCUCUCCCCAAAAAAGGCACCAACAAUUUCAUCCACCAAAGGGACCCCAGAAGAGACUCCUUCUUCCACCCAAAAGACCCCAACAAUUCCAUCCCCUAAAGAGGCAACAGUAACCCCAUCCCCCAAAGAGGUCCUCACUCCCCCAGCUGUGACUCCUCCUCCCUCUCCCAAAAAGGCCUCAACAAAUACAGCCCCUAAAGAGGCCACAGUAACCCCAUCCCCCAAAGGGGUCCCCACUUCCCCAGCUGUGACUCCUCCUCCCUCUCCCAAAAAGGCCCCCACGAGUACAACCCCUAAAGAGGUCACAGUAACCCCAUCCCCCAAAGGGGUCCCCACUCCUCCAGCUGGGACUCUCUCCUCAAAAAAAGCACCAACAACUCUGUCCCCCAAAGUGGUCCCCAUUCCCCCAGCUGGGACUCCUCCCUCUCCCAAAAAGGCCCCAGCAAAUAUAUCUCCCACUGAGGUCCCCAGUCCCACAGCUGUGACUCCCACCUCUCCCAAAAAGGCACCAGCAGUUCCAUCCCCCAAAGGGGCCCCCACUUCCCCAGCUGUGAUUCCUACCUCUCCCAAAAAAGUCCCAACAAGUACAGCCCCCAAAGGGGUCUCCAUUCCACCAGCUGUGACUCCUCCCUCUCCCAAAAAGGCCCCAGCAAAUAUAGCCCCAAAAGAGGUUCCCAGCCCUCCAACUGUGACUCCCCUCUCCCCACAAAAGGCAUCAGCAGCUCCAUCCCCCAAAGGGAUCUGCACUCCCCCAGCUGUGAUGCCUCCCUCUCCCAAAAAGGCCCCAGCAAAUACAGCCUCCAAAGGGACCCCAGAUGAGAUUCCUCCUUCUCCCAAAGAGACUACAGUAACUCUGUCCCCCAAAGGGGCCCCCACUCCCCCAGCUGUGACUCCUCCCUCUCCCAAAGAGGUCCCUACUCCCCCAACUGUGACUCAACCCUCCCCAACAACUCCAUCCCCCAAAGGGGCCCCAGCUGAGACUCCUCCCUCUCCCAAAAUUGGCCCAGCAAAUACAGUCCCCAAAGAGGUCCCCACUUCCUCAGCUGUGACUCCCACAACAAAAAAGGCACCAAGUCCCUCCAAAAAGUUACCAACAACCUCAUCCCCCAAAGGGUCCCCAGCUGAGACUCUUCCCUCCCCAAAAAAGGCUCCGACAAGUAAAGCCCCCAAAGAGGCUACAGUAACCCCAUCCACCAAAGGGGUUCUGGCUCCCACAGUUGUGACUUCUUCCCCCAAAGAGGCUUCAGCAAUCCCAUUACUCAAAGGGCUCCCCACCACCCCAGCUAUGACUCCUCCAAAAAAGUCACAAAUUCCAUCCCCAAAAGGGGCCCCCACUCCUCUAGCUGACACUCCUCCCUCUCCCAAAAAGGCCCCAGCAACUGCAGCACCCAAAGAGGCCCCUGCAACCCCAUUCUCCAAGGGGGCCCCCUCUCCCAAAAAAGCCACAGCAACUACAGCACCCAAAGAGGCCUCUAUUACUCCUGUUGUGACUCCUCCCUCUCCCAGAAAACCCCCAGCAAGUACAGCCCCCAAAGAUGCCCAAACAACCUCAUCCCUUAAAGGGGUCCCCACUCCUCCAGUGGACACUCCUCCCUCUUCCAAAAAGGCCCCAGCAACUGCAGCCCCCAAAGAGGCUACAGCAAUCUCCUCUCCCAAAAAGGGCCCAGCAACCACAGCCCCCAAAGGAACUCCCACUCCUCCAGACACUAUUCCCCCUCCUAAAAAGGCCCCAGCCCCCAAAGGGGCCUCUAUUCCCACACCUGUCACUUCUCCCUCUCCCAAAGAGGCCCUAGCUACCCCAUCCUCCAAAGGCAGUCCCACUCUGCAAGCUGUGAAUGUUUUCCCUAAAGAGUCCCCCAUUCUCCCAGGCAUUGUUCCUCCCUCCCCCAAAGGCUCCCCUGCUUCCCCAGUGUCAGUAAUAUGUACCAUGGGGGCCGUUACCCCUGAGGCAUCUGAAGGUGUCCCAGCAAAGAAAGGUCCCAAGGCUCUCAAAGAAGUACUUGUGGCCUCAGCUCCAGAAAAUGAACAAGUCACCACAGUUCCCACUCAGAAAGGCCCAGGAACCAAGAAGAAUUCUGCAGCUUUGCCUAAGUGCUCAGAUCCCUCAAAUAAGAAUGAUACUAAAGGACCCCUUUCUACAGUGACACCAGCUCCUCUACUGACAAUCCCUGUUUCUCCUGCAAAAAGCAAAGAUCCUUUUCAUUCCCCUGAGUCUAAGAUAUCUACCCCUCUAGCAGGAGUUGCCUCUGAGAAGGUCCUUCCUAUAGCUGGAUCAACAUCUGUGUCUCCAGCAACCACCCCACCAGUCUCCCUGCCUCUUGCUCCUUCCCCAGUUCCCCCUCUGCUUCCUAAACAACAGUUUCUGCCGACCUCACCUGGGCUGGUGCUGGAAUCACCCUCUAAGCCCCCAGCCCCUGAUGAUGAGGAUGAGCUGCCGCCUCUGAUUCCCCCGGAACCAAUAUCUGGGGGAGUGCCUUUCCAGUCCAUCCUUGUGGACAUGCCCACCCCCAAACCUGCUGGGAUCCCUGCCCCAACCCCCUCUGCCAAGCAACCUGUUCUGAAGAACAACAAGGGUUCUGGAACAGAAUCUGACAGUGAUGAAUCUGUACCAGAGCUUGAAGAACAAGAUUCCACACAAGCAACCACCCAACAAGCACAGCUGGCAGCUGCAGCUGAAAUCGAUGAAGAACCAGUCAGUAAAGCAAAACAGAGUCGGAGUGAAAAGAAGGCACGGAAGGCUAUGUCCAAGCUAGGUCUUCGACAGGUUACGGGGGUUACUAGAGUCACUAUCCGAAAAUCUAAGAAUAUCCUCUUUGUCAUCACAAAACCAGAUGUCUAUAAGAGUCCAGCUUCAGAUACCUACAUAGUUUUUGGGGAAGCCAAGAUUGAAGAUUUAUCUCAGCAAGCACAGUUAGCAGCUGCUGAGAAAUUCAAAGUUCAAGGUGAAGCUGUCUCAAACAUUCAAGAAAACACACAGACUCCAACUGUACAAGAAGAAAGUGAAGAGGAAGAGGUUGAUGAAACUGGUGUGGAAGUUAAGGAUAUAGAAUUGGUCAUGUCACAAGCAAAUGUGUCAAGAGCAAAGGCGGUCCGAGCCCUAAAGAACAACAGUAAUGAUAUUGUAAAUGCUAUAAUGGAAUUAACAAUGUAACCAUCUGAAAGCCAGGACCUUUUUCUGGUGUUUCAAAAGGAUAACUGCAGCUUGGUUUGAAAUUUGUACUGUUUCUAUCAUUAAUAAAGUUAUGGCUUCUUGUUGGAUGAA